UCAUUCAGUCUACACCCCCUACAACGAACAGACUGAACAAACACGUUCAGAAAAAUCCCACAAAGACCCACUAAUAAAACUAUAAGAAACCUACAAGUAAAAUAUUUAAAAUCUCCUCAAUAAAACAUCAAAAAACCCAGCAAGAUGCGUAUGCUAAAUAUCAACCAAGUCGCUCCAAACUUUUCCACAUAUGCGGUUUCAAACGGUUCAAUGCGACUUUUAUCUUUGGAGGAUUUACGUGGAAGAUAUGUCCUGCUUUUGUUUUAUCCGGCAGACUUUUCCUUUGUCUGCCCCUCGGAGUUGCAGGCAUUUAGCGAUCGAGCCGAAGAGUUCCGCAAUGUUGGCUGUGAUGUGAUGGCCUGCUCCACUGAUAGUCACUAUUGCCACUGUGCCUGGAUGAAUCAGCCCCGUAAAGCUGGAGGUCUCGGCGAAAUGGAUAUCCCACUGCUGGCGGAUAAAUCCAUGAAGAUAGCCAGAGAUUAUGGCGUGCUGGAUGAAGCCACAGGUUUAGCUCUGCGUGGCUCGUUCAUUAUCGAUCGUGAGGGACGCAUUCGGCAGAUCACAGUGAACGAUAUGGGCGUGGGUCGCAGUGUGGAUGAGGCACUGCGUCUAGUACAGGCCUUCCAGUUUAGCGAUGAAUAUGGAGAGGUCUGUCCAGUGAACUGGCGACCAGGAGCACGAACCAUGAAGGCUGAUCAAGCCGGUAAGGAGGAAUACUUUAAGCAUGCCACAUAAGAAGGUACUUCAAGUUCUCGAAUCACCGAGUUCAGACAGCAAAAUAAAGUUUAGUUUUGAAGCAUUCGA